AUGAAUGAUUUAAUUGUUUUAGUUAGCAGCAUUCAUGUUUAUCCUAAAUUUGACUAUUUUACUUUGGAUCAUGACAUAGCUCUUGUAAAUCUCAGUUCGCCCCUACCAUUGUCACUGCGUGAUGACGUCAACUGGAUUUUAUUGCCGAAAUUAAUAAUAAAUACGGAGUCUUUCUUGGAAGAAGACACUAAUAUAUGGAGGAACUCCUAUACCGAAAACAAAUUAAGAGGAUAUGGUGUACUAUCUGGAAAUAAUUUAGUGGCAAUAGUAACACUUGCUCCCCGUAUAGAUAAACUGCGUGAUAAAAAUGAAACAAUUAUUUUCGAUGGAUAUACAAAUCGGAUAACCCUACUUUUUCCAUAUUUGAGUUGGAUAUUUGAAAUCUUAGAAGAAGCUGAGAUCAAAGAUAUCCAAACCGGCAUUUCUACGAACUCACUACCAUAUACCGAGAGGAAGAACGCUGAAAUGGUACGUCAAAAUGAGGUGUCUGGAUCGUUUAUAAGUGCAGCACAUCCCUGUACCGUCACCGGAAUUGUGACAUUAAUAUUAGCUUUAAAUUUUUUGCAUUUUUUAAACCAGCGAUCUUUAAAUAUCUCCUAGUACAUAUUUCUGUAUGCAUACAAAUGAAAAUUUAGUUUAUUUUUUAUUUGCUAUCUACACUUUUUAAUUUAAACGCCUGAAAAA